AUGUUCCCGUUUGAUUCCGGUUUUGGAGUUCCUGUUGAAAAUCCUUGUCCCUGGGAAAAUUUGGAGAAAUUAUUGAAAAAUUUCAAUGAUAUUUCAAAUUGUCAACGUAGACGAAGGAUAGCUAAUGAAUUAUUGAAUAUUGAUCAUGAUUUAAACACUUCAAAAAAUAUUCAAGCUGUAUCAACUCCUCCAAUUUGUCCUGUUUUGAAUAAUAUUCCUGUUUCGAUAAAACCUUCUAAAAGUACUGAACCUAUAGAUAUGUUUUCAGUUUCAAAUGGUAUUAAUAAUGACAAUGUUCAAAACACUUUUUCUUAUAACACAUGUGCACCAAAUUCUUUUUAUGAAUUUUCAAGUAAUAAUUUUUCAUUUACUUCAAAUGCUUCAAAUGAAUCUACUAGACCGGUAAUGUCUAAUUUAAAUGAUUCAGAUCUUCCCCUUGAUGCUAGAACUUUACUUCAAACUCCACGGUCGACAGAAAUAAGAAUUGUUCAUCCAGGUUUAUAUUGGCAUAAUGGUUUAAAAAAAUGUCUUUUAAAAUAUUUAACUGUAAUGAAUCAUCUGGAAAAUGAGUCUAACCAAUUAAAUCUAAUUAUAAAUAUAGAUGGAUUACCUAUUAGUUUAUAUCAUGGUUACAAUAAAAAGCCCUCUGACGUUCAUCAAUUUUUAGAUGAUUUUAUUUGUGAAACUAAUGAAUUAAUCAAUAGUGGUUUAACUUUUAAAGGACAACAAUAUAAUGUUUGUGUAAAAAUAGUUUGUGCUGAUGCGCCUGCAAAAGCUUUCAUUAUGAAUGUCAAACAUCACAGUGGUUAUUCUAGUUGCUCUAAAUGUGACGUUGAAGGUGAAUAUAUAAGAAAUAGGGUGUGUUUUCCUGAUUUUAUUGGUAACAAAAGAACUAACAUAGAUUUCUCAGAGCAUAAAGAUCUAGGUACAAGUCCACUUGAAAAUUUAUUAGGUUUUGGACUUUUUAAUUUAGGCCCAAGAAUUGGGGAAGGCAUAAUAGAGAAACUUGAGUCCAAUAAACCAUCAUAUGAAGAAAAAGGAGUAAAGGUUUUAAUUAAUGAAGAACCAUUUGCUGUUGUUAUUUGUACACCACUGAUGCAACGUGCACAUAAUUUGCCAUAUUCAAAGGACAUAGUAUUCUCUGAUAGUACAGCGUCAUGUGAUGCACAUAAUCAUUCUAUUACUUUUUUGCUUACACCGUGUGCUGUUGGUGCUGUUCCAUUAGCUGUAAUUAUUACCAAAGGUCAGUCAAUGAAUGAUUAUAAGACUGGAUUUGAAUUAGUUAAAACUUGUAUUGAUUCUAAUGGGUUUGGUGGUCAAUGUUUUCCAAAAUUAUUUAUAACAGAUGACAGUGAAGCAGAAAGACAGGCAUUGAAAUCUGUAUGGCCACAGUCAAAGCAAUUACUCUGCCGUUUUCAUGUGUGUCAAUCUGUUUGGAGGUGGUUAUGGGCCAAUGAAAAUAACAUUGAAAAGUUUGAUCGCCCUAUAUUGUAUGCAUUGUUUAAUAAAAUAUUAACAGCAUCGAAUGUAGAAAUAGCUGAAGCCGCUUAUUUAAAUGCGAUAGAUAGCAUUAAUAAUGUCUAUGUAGCAAAGUAUUCUAACUGGGUUAAAUACAUAAAUUCAUAUUGGAAGCGUAAGGAAAUAUGGAUUUUAUGUUAUAGAAACUUUGAAACCCAUGGUCACCAAACUAACAAUUUCAGCGAAGUAUGUGUCAGGAUAUAUAAAGAUAUAGUUUUAUCCAGAAAUAAAGCGUAUAAUGUGGUUUCGUUAGUGGAUUUCACAAGUACUGUAAUGGAGCAUUAUUAUAUUCGUAGGAUAAGAAAAUUUUGUAAUAGUCGUUGCGAUGUAUCACGUUUAUUUUUAUUAUCAUUACAAAAAAAAGUUAAUUAUUUAACAAUUGAAAUGAUUGAAGCAUUGGAAAAUAAUAUGUUUAAAGUACCAAGUGAAAAAGAUAAAACCAUUAAUUAUGAAGUAAAUGCAACUUUGGGGUAUUGCACUUGUUAUCAAGGUCAUUUAGGUACCUUUUGCAAACACCAAGCUGCAGUAUAUUUUUUUUUUAGUAAAGAACUACCUAAUGCACCUCCAGUUACUGCAAAAUGUAGAUAUGAUAUGGCUGUUUUAGCAUUUGGAGACAAAGCUCAACCACCUUCAUUCUAUUAUUCACUAAAUGCUGAAGAAGAGAUGAAAGAAAAUAAUUGUGAAAUAAUGGAUACAAAUAAUACAAGUCAGGUUGUUAUAGAUGAUGAACAACCCAAAUUGGUAACAAAUAAUGUAUUAAACCCUGCACAACAUGACUUUCAAAAAGUUAUUGAUUUAAUGACUCACCACAAUGACAAAUUUGGAUCUACGAAUGAAUCUCUAAAAAUAUUUUUGAAAAAACUUGGUAAUGUCAAAACCAAAAAUUCUUGGGAAACAUUUUUGUCCACUUGUGGAAAACAGAUUUCUCUUCGUCAUGCAGAUAAAGCUAAGAUACGAGUUCAACCUACAUCGAUAAGUCGACGAAGACCUGGAGUGACUAGAGGCAGUAGUAGGUUAGUAGUAGGACGACCUGCUAACAAUGAAAAUACAACAAAAAUUAAACGAAAAAGAAAUUUACAACAAAAUAUCAAUAAAAAUCAACCAAACGCAAAAUCGCAUUAAUAAAUCACACUAAUAAGUGUUAUAAUGACAAUUAUCAAUUUAUUAAAAUGUA